CGCCUGUUGAUCAUCAGAGUUGAGAGUUGUGAAGGGCAAUUUUUGUUACCAGAAGCAAAAAGAGUUUCCAAAGGAAACAUGGCAAAGGUUCCAUCGCUCUUGGUGGGGCUUUUGCUCUUGUGUGGUUUAGCAGCCAUGGGGGAAGCAAAUGAGAAAUAUAAAGACCCAAAACAGCCCAUAGGCAUUAGAAUCCGUGACCUUAUGAAAAGGAUGACCCUAGCAGAGAAAAUAGGUCAGAUGACACAAAUUGAAAUAAAAACUGCCACCCCAGAGAUCAUGAAGGAAUACUCAAUUGGAAGUUUACUUAGUGGUGGAGGGAGUGUGCCUCGGGUUCAAGCCACCGCAGAAGAGUGGAUUCAAAUGAUCAACGACUUCCAACAUGGUUCUCUUUCAAGCCGUCUUGGCAUCCCAAUGAUUUAUGGUAUAGAUGCUGUUCAUGGCAACAACAAUGUGUACAAGGCAACAAUAUUUCCCCACAAUGUGGGUCUUGGGGCUACCAGGGAUCCAGAACUUAUGAGGAAGAUUGGUGCUGCAACGGCCCUUGAAACUAGAGCUACUGGCAUUACAUAUGCAUUUGCGCCAUGUAUUGCGGUCUGUAGAGAUCCAAGAUGGGGCAGAUGCUACGAGAGCUAUAGUGAGGACCCCGAAAUUGUUCGGGCAAUGACGGAAAUUAUACCUGGGCUACAGGGCGACAUUCCUGCCAACUCAAGAAAGGGCAUUCCUUAUGUUGGUGGAAAGGAUAAGGUAGCAGCUUGUGCAAAGCACUUUGUGGGUGAUGGUGGCACCAUCUCAGGCAUCAAUGAGAACAACACUAUCAUUGAUUGGCACGGAUUGUUGAGUAUUCACAUGCCUGCCUAUUACGACUCCAUCAUAAAGGGUGUGGCAACAGUCAUGGUUUCCUACUCUAGCUGGAAUGGAAAGAAGAUGCAUGCUCACAAUCAACUUAUCACUGAAUUCCUAAAAAACACUCUUAAAUUCAGGGGUUUUGUGAUCUCAGAUUGGCAGGGUAUAGACAAGAUCACUUCACCACCCGGUGCCAACUAUACAUACUCUGUUGAAGCCGCGAUUAAUGCUGGGAUUGACAUGGUUAUGACUCCUUUUAAUCACAGUGAAUUUAUUGGUAGUCUAACUGACCUUGUGAAGAAAAAUGUGACUUCCAUGAGCCGUAUUGAUGAUGCAGUAGCUAGGAUUCUGAGAGUCAAGUUCACUAUGGGUUUGUUUGAGAACCCCUUGGCUGAUCUUAGUUUCGUUAGCCACCUUGGAUCCCAGGCUCACAGAGAUUUGGCGAGGGAAGCAGUGAGAAAGUCAUUGGUUCUUUUGAAGAACGGAGAAAACGCAGAUCCUCCUUUGCUACCUCUCCCUAAAAAGGCAAACAAGAUCCUAGUUGCAGGAACCCACGCCAACAAUUUGGGGUAUCAGUGUGGUGGUUGGACUAUCUCUUGGCAAGGACUUGAGGGAAACAACCUCACAACUGGAACAACCAUCCUCAGCGGCAUCUCAGCAGCCAUUGACCCUAGCACUCAAGUGGUAUAUAGCGAGAAUCCUGAUGUUGAACUUGUAAAGUCGGGCAACUUCUCCUAUGCCAUUGUGGUGGUGGGAGAGAAGCCUUAUGCAGAGACUUUUGGGGAUAAUUUGAACUUAACAAUUCCUGAACCAGGUCCUAGCACAAUUACUAAUGUAUGCACGAGCAUCAAGUGCGUAGUGGUUCUAAUCUCUGGCCGCCCUCUCCUCAUUCAACCCUAUCUUCCACUUAUAGAUGCUCUAGUUGCUGCAUGGCUUCCCGGAAGCGAAGGCCAAGGUGUGGCUGAUGUUCUAUUUGGGGACUAUGAAUUCACCGGGAAGCUUGCUCACACCUGGUUCAAGACUGUAGAGCAUUUGCCUAUGAAUUUUGGGGAUCCUCACUAUGACCCCCUCUUCCCCUUAGGUUUUGGGCUCACAACCAAGCCAAUUGUGGGGUAGUAAAGAUGGAUCAACUAUAUAG